AUGGAGAGCCAAACAGAGUCACCACUACCCACCGUCUCCGGGCCACCAAGCCUCCAAGGGAUCAAUAUCCUCCUAGUAAACCCGAACUCCACAGAAUACAUGACAAAAGACUGUCUAAAGGCCAUCGCCCCAAACCUCCCCCCAAACGUCACCGUCCAUGGCUUUACAGCUCCCCGCCCAAGUCCCACGGCAAUUGAAUCCCAAACCGAUGCAAUUCUCUCAAGCGAAGCUUGCCUUAGAGCCAUAAAACCGAUCGCGCAUAACUAUGACGCAUUCUUAGUUGCUUGUUUCCGAGCACAUCCCCUUAUCGCCGUGCUCAAGGAAGAAUUCAUACAACCUGUUCUUGGGAUCAUGGAGGCUGCUAUGUAUGCUGCGCGCAUACUGGGUGAACGGAUGGGGAUCUUGUGCAUGUCUGCAAGAUCGGGGUUGGUUCAUGGGCGAGCUGUAUCGGCCUAUGGGUUUUCUGAGUACUUUGUUGGAUGUGAAGCAGUUCAGUUAGGCGUUUUGGAACUUGAAUCAAGGCCGAAAGAAGAGGUGCAUGAGGUCAUUUCCAAUGCGAUGAAUCGACUUGUUCGUGAUAAGGGUGCCGAUUGUAUUCUGUUGGGAUGUGCUGGGAUGGCGGAGAUGAGAAGUAUUUGUGAGGCUGUUGUGGAGGAGACUGGAGUAAGGGUGUUAGAUGGGGUGGGACUCGGUGUUCAGUUCUUGACUGGUUUGAUAAGGGAGAGGUUGGGGACUGCUAAAAGCGGGUUCUAUAUGGAUGCUUCGAUAGAUAGAGCUAAGCGUGGCCAGGAUUGGCUUUGA